AUGUGCCUCCUUUUCCUGUACAUAUGUGAUACUGCCACUGAUGACAACUAUAGGUUGAUUCUCGCCAACAAUCGUGAUGAAUACUGGGACAGACCCACAGCUUUGGCAGGUUUCUGGGGUCCGAACAAACAUAUACUCAGUGGCGUCGAUAUGGAACCGAGAAGAGAAAGGGGUACCUGGUUAGCUGUUUCAAAGGCUGGAAGGAUAGGAGCUCUUCUGAACAUACCGGGUACACAAAAACAUAAACAGUGUAGAGGUAUGUUGAUACCCGAUUACCUGAACGGAGAGCUAACGGCUUGUCAGUACCUAACACAGAAGAUUCAGCCAAUUCAUCGUGAUUUUAAAACGUUUAACUUGGUUCUUAUCGACUUGAGAUCAAGGACAACAUCUGCCACCUACUAUAACAACAAGACAGAUAGUAAGAUUUCUCUACCAAACGGUGUGUAUGGGUUUGAUAAUUCUGUAUUAGAUGAGGCUUGGCAGAAAACAGUCCAUGGUCGUUUUGCCUUCCACACCGCAGUCCAGAAAUAUGGCAGAAAAGACGAUAAGGACCAGUUAGUCCGGUCUAUCUUCAAUAUACUAUCAGAUAGCGCGAGGUUUCCAGAAGACAAACACUUAAAUGAACAAGCUAAGGACUUAUAUAUACCUGAAAACAUCCGCCUCGCUUGGAGCUCAACGUUCGUAUGGUCCCCCUCAAUCAGACACGGCACAAGGACCAGCACCAUUUUAUUAGUGGACAAGUUUGGAGAGUGCGAAUACAUCGAACGGACGUUUAAAAUCCCAGUGAACCCAUACUGCCUCAAAUAUCAAACGAAAUUUUUCCGACUGAAACUGUACUAA